AUGGGAGACAGCUUGCCCGCUGCUCUGCCGAUGCACAAACGAACCCGCGUGUUCUUGCAUCAUAAAAUUUUGCUGAAGAUUGUUGGAGCCAAACUGAACGAGAAGAUUGCUGACGCCAAACUGAACGAGAAAAUUGUUGGAGCCAAACUAAACGAGAAGAUUGUUGGAGCCAAACUAAACGAGAAGAUUUUUGUCGCCAAACUGAACGAGAAGAUUGUUGGACCCAAACUGAACGAGAAGAUUGUUGGAGCCAAACUGAACGAGAAGAUUGUUGGAGCCAAACUGAACGAGAAGAUUGUUGGAACCAAACUGAACGAGAAGAUUGUUGGAGCCAAACUGAACGUGAAGAUUGUUGGAGCAGAACUGAACGAGAAGAUUGUUGUCGCCAUAAUAAAUGAGAUGAUUUUUGGUGCUGACAUCAACAAGGCGAUUGUCUGCGCUGAAUCGUAUGCGACUAUCUGCACUAAACCAAACAAAUAG